GCCCGGGAAGCAGCGGGUGCUCGCUGCUGGCUGGGGGACCCGCGCGGACGCGGGGGCGGCGGGAGCGCGGACAGCACAGCUGCCCUGGAGUCGCCGAGGGGACCCCGGCCUGCGCGCAUCCAAGUGAGGGCUGCACCCCGCCAGCCCCAGCUCCGGUAGCCUCUCCGCCUGCGCCCCACGGCACGGCACGCGCCGUACAGCCAUGAACACCAACGACGCCAAGGAGUACCUGGCCCGGAGGGACAUUCCUCAGCUUUUCGAGAGCCUUCUGAAUGGCUUGAUGUGUUCCAAACCGGAAGACCCCGUAGAGUACUUGGAAAGUUGUUUACAGAAAGUCAAGGAGCUCGGAGGCUGUGAGAAGGUGAAGUGGGACACAUUCGUCAGCCAGGAGAAGAAGACAUUGCCGCCGCUGAACGGAGGACAGUCUCGGAGAUCCUUCCUCAGAAAUGUAAUGCCUGAAAAUUCCAACUUUCCUUAUCGACGCUAUGACCGGCUUCCUCCCAUCCACCAGUUCUCCAUCGAGAGCGACACGGACCUGUCUGAGACGGCAGAGCUGAUAGAGGAGUAUGAGGUCUUUGACCCCACGAGGCCUCGACCCAAGAUCAUUCUCGUCAUAGGUGGCCCGGGAAGCGGAAAGGGGACUCAGAGUUUGAAGAUUGCCGAGCGGUACGGAUUCCAGUACAUUUCAGUGGGAGAAUUACUGAGGAAGAAAAUCCACAGUGCCAGCAGUAACAGAAAAUGGAGUCUGAUCGCCAAGAUAAUCACCAACGGGGAGCUGGCCCCACAGGAGACAACAAUUACGGAGAUAAAACAAAAACUGAUGCAAAUACCCGAUGAAGAAGGCAUUGUGAUUGAUGGGUUCCCAAGAGAUGUUGCCCAGGCUCUGUCUUUUGAGGACCAGAUCUGCACCCCUGACCUGGUGGUCUUCCUGGCCUGUGCCAACCAGAGGCUCAGAGAGAGAUUAGUGAAGCGUGCAGAGCAACAGGGACGGCCCGAUGACAACCUGAAAGCCACCCAGAGGAGACUAGUAAACUUCAAGCAGAACGCCGCCCCACUGGUGAAAUACUUCCAGGAGAAAGGACUCAUCGUGACUUUUGAUGCCGACCGAGAUGAGGAUGCCGUGUUCUAUGACAUCAGUGUGGCAGUCGACAACAAGUUAUUUCCAAACAAAGAGGCUGCAACAGAUUCAAGCGACCUUGACCCUUCGAUGAUGUUUGACCCUGGAGAGAUCGUUGACACGGGAUCAGAUUAUGAUGACCAGGAGAUCUGCACCACGGCCAUCAUCAGAGGAAAGGAAUGGUGUUUCCCCUGCUCUGCAUCAACAAAGGAGGGCGAUGAUGAACUAAAUGUGUUUGGAGAGGACACCGCGGGAGGCUUAAUGGAGGAUUUGAGGAAAUGUAAAAUUAUCUUCCUGAUGGGUGGCCCCGGCUCCGGCAAAGGCACCCAGUGUGAAAAACUGGCAGAAAAAUAUGGAUUCACUCAUCUCUCUACUGGUGAGCUCCUGCGCCAGGAACUGGCCUCAGAGUCAGAAAGAAGCAGACUGAUCCGUGACGUCAUGGAGCGUGGAGACCUGGUGCCCUCGGGUAUCAUCCUGGAGCUGCUGAAGGAGGCCAUGGUGGCCAGCCUGGGAAACACCAGGGGCUUUCUGAUCGACGGCUACCCGCGGGAAGUGAAGCAAGGGGAAGAGUUUGGAAGAAGGAUUGGAGAGCCACACUUGGUGAUCUGCAUGGACUGCUCGGCAGACACCAUGACCAACCGCCUCCUGCAGAGAAGCCAGAGCAGCCAGCGAGGGGAGGACACUGCGAGGACCAUUGCCAAGCGCCUGGAGGCCUACCACCGAGCAUCCAUCCCUGUCAUCACCUACUACGAGACAAAGACACAGCUACGGAAGGUAAACGCAGAGGGAACACCAGAUCAAGUUUUUCUUCGGCUCUGCGCAGCUAUUGACUCUGUAUUCUGAAGGAGAAAACGCAUAACUGCUAAGGAAAGCAGAGACAGAAAAACAUGAAAUUUGUCCCCUAAUUAACACGUUUCCCUUUGCCCCCCCUCCCUAUCCUAGCAGGCUGUUUCCUUCCCAGCCCGACUUACGUAAGAGAUAUCUGGAAGCCAUGCAUGGUAUCUUUGGGACUGCCCACUUUCCCUCCUGUAGACAGCUGUCCUCUCUGGUACAUGUUUUUCUGUCACCGGGCUGUACUGCAGAGCAAAGUCAGGAUAGGAAGAGCAGUGUGGGAUCCGCCUGUGCUGUUUGUGUCCCGGGGCGGAUGGAGUCCGACCCAUCCCACAGGGAGAACGCAUCCCUAAUUCUCCAUCACAGCUUCCUUCCCACCCAUUUCUUUCCUCCCUGAAGUGGGUACUUCCUUAGCAUGGGGCAAGCCCGGACACGUCAUCCUGCACUGGCUCUGGUGGGAACUUUAACUGCCCUGUGGAACACAGAGGCACCAAGUCAGCAGUACUUGACAGAAAUGUUUCAAAAUAAGACAUUGUCCAGCUUCUCUAAGGGAGCCAAAAGGGCAGUCAGCACUAUCCAUUUUUGAGAACCCAGCUACAUGGAAUCUGAGCAACUGUACCAGCUACUCUGUGUGUGGUGCGGUACGUCUCAGCAUCAGAGACUGGAAGUAAUUUAAAAGUACGAGAGAUGAUUACUACUUCACUCACUGGACAAAACCAUCUUGCAGUUCUGAUAUGAGAUGAUUACUCCCUGACAUACUGCCCAAGUAAAGAGAAAGGAACAGUACCCUAAGCGACGCCGGGGGACAGGCUAGUGCGUGGGUGUCUUGCAGCUAUUGUGUUUGUUUCAUGGGCCUGCUCCAUGGGUAAAUACUUGCACCACACCAGAGAGGCGUGGGUCUUUGUGCGGAGCUGUUGAACUGGAGCUGCUUCUGUCUUCUGAAAUACCUGCGUCUUGCGCUCAGUCACCACACAACACACAGUUCGGUUUGCAUGAUUCUUUUCCUCAGUGAGAGUGCAAAUACAGAUGUUUCCAGGACAGAACUGUAUUUUUAAAAUCAUUUUUUCCCUCAAAACAGUUAUGUACAAAUGAAAUAAAUGGA